AUGGAAGGGGCUGGAUUUUGGCCGCCCUUGUACAGCCAACGCCACCGGGCGGUGGCGACUUUCCUCGCCUCGCACGACGUCUCGAGUCUGCUCGACUUUGGUUGCGGAGAAGGUUCUCUGCUGAGCUACCUGCGCACCGAGCCGCACAUACGCAGAAUGGCAGGCAUCGACGUAGAUGAAGUCGCCCUCCAGCAGGCCGCGGAGCGAACCGAGCCCACCUUCUACGAGCACGUAGUCAAGCGACCCCACCCCCUCACCAUCUCCCUCCACCGUGGCUCCAUCUGCAGCCCCGCCCACACCCGCCAGCUACUACGCGCCGCGCACGUGGCAGUCCAGGAGGUCGGCGGCAGCAGCAGCGAAGCUGAUGGUGAGCAAGUAGAGGAAGAGGAUUGGGAUGCCAUCGCCUUGGUCGAGGUCAUCGAGCACCUCGAGCCGCACGACCUGCCGGCGAUGGAGGCCAGCGUGUUCGGCCGGUGCCGCCCGCGCUACGUCGUGGUCACCACGCCCAACUACGAGUUCAACGUGGUCUUCAACGAUCCGCUCGGUGCCCACAUCAUCAGUAGCAAGAGGGCCAGGCCGGACACCACCUACGCUACGUCAUCGUCGUCUUCAUUUACGCCUUCGCCGACGACGUCUCAUCUCCCGUUUCGGCACUACGACCACAAGUUCGAGUGGACUCGCGCCGAGUUCGAGGAGUGGUGCAACGCCGUGGCGAACAGGUAUGGCUACCGCUACACUCUGAGCGGGGCUGGACGAGCGGCACAGAUCACGCGGAAGAAGAAAGAAGAAGACGAAGAAGAAGAGAAGGAGUCAGCCCUCGCCCGACCGGCGGCGUCUUCGAAGAGAAAGUGCCCUACGAGCCCCGGCGUAGAGGGUCACAAGAAGCACGACGAUGGCGAGGAAGACGACGAUGUCGGGUUCUGCACCCAGAUCGCUUACUUCACUAGGCUCGAAGACGACGACCGCACGACCCCGAACGAGGAGGCCGAGUCGACGGCGGCCGCCACAGAGGAGCCGCUGCAGCUCUGCGCUGUGCACUCGUUCCCGGUCGACACGCGAUCGGACACGGAGAAGCUGGCGGCGGCGGUGGCCUACGCCUACGGCCACGUUGUGGUGGGGAGCGAGGGCGAGCUCGAGUACGGCGACUGGGUGUCGGUCGCCGACCGGCUGCUGCCCCUCCCGCCGGUGCGCGAGUCGUGCGGUGAGACCGCCAGCCCCGACCGGCUUCGGGCCGAGCUGCGGGCGAUCGCGGCCGAGCCGAGCCGCUACUUCGGCCUCGAGUACGACGAGGCCACGGACCGCGUGCGCAUCGCGGCGUACGACAGCGAUGAAGACGAGGAGGAGCCUCCAGCCGACGAUGGAGGCGGUGGAGGUGGUCCUCUUUUCCUCGAGAACGAAAGCGAAGGCGAUAGCCGGCGGUCCAACCAGGCGGCAGCAGAACGACCCUCGCCCGUUUGGGCCGCCGGUGAAGAAGACGGCGCCUGGGGCCAGUCGUGGGGCGACAGCUGGGACCACGAGUGA